UUAUUUUUGGGUAGUAGAUCUUACAAUAUAUAGGGUGGCAAUCGAUUAGUAUAUUUAUUAUUUACCAAAACAAACAUGGCCGGUGUCGUGAAUUUGAGCAAAUCUCGAAUAAAUUUACUUUUUAUUAAAUAUUAUUCGGCAAAUUUUAUGAAACAUCGAGAAUUUUCAAGUGAAACUAAUAUUCAAACAGACGAAGAAUUUCGAGUUUUGGAGCUAUACCCUAUGAAGAAAGCGGCAAAGAGGACUGAAAAACGAUUUUUUCGAGAUGCUCAAGUUUUACCUCCUCGAGAAAAAAGGAUGCCAAUUGAUCAGGAUUGGCCUAGUGUCUGGCCUGCAGCUAAAACUUUCAGACCUUCAGCUGUGCCUUUACCAGUUUAUCAAGGGUAUGAUCAAAAGCGUGCACCUCCUGGAAAAUAUGCAAAUGCAGAAUUGAUGAAAAUACCUAACUUUUUGCAUUUAACACCUCCUGCUGUGAAAAGACACUGUGCUGCUAUCAAAAAAUUUUGCACUGAAUGGCCUAAAGGAUUGGAAACUGAUGAAGAUUGCGAAAAGCAUUUUCCAGUUGAGAUUAUUACUUCCGAUUACUGCCAUGCAAGUCCAACAAUUCGUGAUGAGCGUUCAAGAGCUGUUACGCUAACUAUAAAGUUAAGUAGUUUGAAUUUUGAUUAUCAUGCUCGUGAUAAACUACUUAGACUCGCUGGGAGCAAUCGUUACAAAAAAGGUACUGAUGAGCUGGUUAUUACUGCUAGCAGAUGUCCACUGAGAAAACAAAAUUAUGAUUAUUUAAUGUAUCUAUUGACUGCUUUGCAUCAUGAAUCUUGGGUAACAGAGCCGUGGGAACACAAAAAGACAGAGGCUGACAUGGAAAAAUUUUUCUUUGAGAACAGCCGUAUUGAAAAUAAAAUGUCUAAAACAAUAGCACUCAUAGAAUCUAAAUCAGAUAAUGAUAACAUUGUAGAAGAAACAAAAAAUUCUGAAAAAGUGACAUCUUUUGGUAAAGCUGUCACUGAACUACUCAACAAAGGUGAAACUGAGGAAACUCUCAGUGAAUAUAAAAAGUCAGUUCUGAACUCUUUAGGUUUAUCAAAUUAAAGUCAUUUAUGUGUUUUAGUAUGUUGAGAGGCUCAACAUUUUAUUCAUUUGUACAUAAAAUUCAAUAAAUAAAGUUAUCAAUUGUUUGUUUUA